AUUUUAAAAGUAAAUAUUUCGGUGCUUAGAGUUUAGAAGUCUUGUUAGUUUAUAUUAAAAUGUUUAACCAACAUUAAAAUUUGUAUAUAGUAUAUUACACUAAAAACUCAAUGUGCUAGCAGCGAGUGUGAUGGUAGUGUUUUAGUGUGCAUUUAAUAUGUUAAGUAGAUUUUCAGAUGUCUUACAAAGCGCUGCGGAUGUAUUGGCGCCGCCAGCUACAAGGCUAGAGGAUUUCGAGUAUCACUGGAAACAAGUAGUUCAUUUCUACCAGAACUACGAUGAAAGCUCAAAAGUACAAAUUGAAGAUACUAGGAUUCCCCAUCAUUUGCACCAGAUGCUUCAGUUAAUAGUAGACGAAGAAAAUGAACAACAAGGUGGCACAGUGGGACCAUGCUUAGAGGCCAUUAUAAAGCGAUCCAUAGGGUUGCUAGAUGCAUUAGCGUUGCUAGUAGCAGCGGACCGGCCGCCUGGGGCCCGUGCCACAGCCCUGACCCUUGCCACUUCUCUGCUACGUCGCACUAAGAGCCCUUGUCUCAAUAGCCCACAUGUCUAUAGGCCUUUGCAGCGUAUGCUAGUAAUAUGCAAUGAAAGUCCUGCCUCACCGACGGAAAAAGAAGAGGUUGAACUCCUUCUAACUCUAUGUGGUUUAGUACGAAAAGAACCGUGCUUAGCAAAUAUAUUUACCACACCAUUCUUAGAAGACACCAACAGCCUCCUAAAAAUACCAGAAGAUAUCCAAACAUUAAUACCGAUUAAGAGUAAAGCGCAAACCCCUAAAAAGAAUCCACUAUUCGAAGUAGAUAUGGUACCAAAUCCUUUGAAAACAGUCUCUAUUGUAAGAGUCAAUAAGGAUGAAAAUUGCAUACAAACUGGCAGCUCUGUGGAUGACAACGCUUCAUCCAAAAGUCAUAAAACUGUGUAUGAUGAUAACGAUAAGUUUCUGUUGAUUGAUUUGUUGCUGUCUUACUUGGAGAGUGCGGAUAACCAGGUGGUCCUGCGAGCGUGUGAAGGUAUUCUUAUCGUAUCGUCGCUAGCUGAAGAUGACAUAGCGGCGCUACUGACGGGUGCGAGCCCUGCUUGUGAGCGACUCGCGGCCCGCCUUCUAGGGCUGUACCGCGCGCUACCGCCAGACCUCGACCCCGCCGCCGUCGACACUCUCAGCAUCACCUGGGCUUACGUGGCUCAAGAUUUCGGUGACAAGAACUACAACAACUUUUAUGGCUAUCGGGAGUUGACCGCGUUUUUCUCAUGGCUGGACUAUAUCGAUACGCUUAUGAAGGAGUGCCACCCGCUGAUCGCGGCGCACCUUUCGCGCGCCUUCCGCACGCAGUUCCUGGAGGCCGCCGCCGACGCGCUGCUGUCGCCGGCCGCCGCGCUGCGGGCCACCGCCGUGCUGGCCAAGUGUCUCCGCGCUCUGGACUCGCACCACCUUGUGCACGAGUUCUCGGAGUGGCUGGCGGGCGAGGGCGCGGGCGAGGGCGCGGGCGAGGCGGAGUGGGCGCCGCUGCGGGCGCUGGCGGCGCGCUGUCUGGAGGGCGACCACGACCUCACGCUAGAGACGCUGCGCUUCUUUGAGGCCGUCAUAGAGAAGGGCACGGAGCACAGUAUCGACCGGCUGGUGCUGUCGCGCGUGUCGGGCCGCGCCUACCGCCUGCCCGGCGACCCGCCGCGCGCCGCGCUGCAGGACGAGCGCGACCGCCUCAACGACCUGAGCCACGAGCGCGAGCGGGAGCGGGCCAGGGAGUCGCACACCUCAGACGACCGAGCGGGGGGCCUUCUGGCGCACGCCGACGACAACAUACAUCGCGUUGUUAACAGUUUCCUGUUGCUCCUGCCCCGAGGCAUCCAGUCGCAGCCGCUCGCGGACUGCGAACACUACGUACUCGACGCGCAGAGACACUACCAGCUGUGGCUCGACAUAACGUCGACGUACAACUGGCCGACCGAACUGUCGGGCGACGUCGGGGCCAGCUCCACCCACAGCUACGACAGCCGGCCCGAGGCCGAUCUACAUUUAGAUGAGGCCUUUGGAACCAUUUACGAUUAUAGAAAAUCAGACAAGACACCGACAUUCCCUAACUGCAAGAAAAAUGAUAAUACUGGAAAGUCAGAAAAGUGCCCAUUUAGUCAGACUCUAGUCCUCCGGAACGGGGACGCCCCGGCGGGAUCUGAGGAGGACUUCGACGAGGGUCCAUUCUUGAGGAUGAUCUUUAAGCUUUUGUCUUCAAUGCCAGACCAGCCCUACCAAGUUAAUCUUCAUCUAACAUCCAUUAUCUCCAAGUUGGCGCUGUUACCCCAUCCAUACCUCCACGAGUAUCUCCUGAACCCCGACCUGCCGACCUCCAGGAACACCCCCACGCUGUUCAAGACGCUCCAGGAGCUCGCUCGGAGACUCACUAUGGAGGUGCCCAGGAUCAAGAACUACAAGAAGGUUAUAGAAACUACGAGGCAACAGUUGAUGAGUGAGGACCCCAGCUAUGAUGAAAUCGGAUCUCAUAACCAGUUAGUUGAGAGCCUGAUCGUGUUGGAAGAAUUUUGUAAGGAGCUCGCCGCCAUCGCUUUCGUUAAACAUCAACACCAGCUACAGAUGUCCCAAUAAACCACCCCACAACGCCUAGAAAAUAUAACAAAUGGUCAAUAGCGCUGGAUGACGUUUAAAAAUACUAUGAUCUGCUUUUCCUGUUAAUCUCUAACAAAAAAAAAAAAAAUGCCAGUGUCCUGAGAUUAAAA